AUGGGACCGGAAGAUUUGGUUUUUGAGCAAAAGGCAUUGAAUAAUACUAAAAACUACUAUGAUGUGUUUUAUAAAGUGGAGCAUUUGCUGUUUGAUAAAGCAAAGAAGCCGCAGAAUAUUUGCUUAAUACGCACCAAAUUGAACAUAGAGUUUAAUGCGCAAGUGCAGCCGAUAGAACGCUACAAAUGGGAUCACGACAUCGAGGGCAGCGUUACCAUAACGGAUUGGAAUUGGCGUGAGUUGGAUCGCUCGGUGCAGCGCAAGCUGCGCACGCUAACGCUGGAGACUUUGCCUAGAAAGAAAUGCAGGCAUUUAUUAAAGUCAGACUUUAAUUGGGCUUACAUGUGUGUGAAAAUCCCAGAGGAUGAUAACUUUUGCGACUUUGAGGCGGGCGCUCCAGUAGUGCAGAACAAUAAGCUCGUAGGCAUUACUAACUAUGGACCCAAGUGCGCCAAUGGCGAGCCCUACAUUAUAACGCUUAGCUAUAGCUAUGAGGAUCUUAUACGCACCAAGCUCUUGGGAUGCGGCAACGCCUGCCCCACGUUAGACAAUUUUUAUAUACUGGAAGUUGAUCUCUAA